AUGUACUUCUCAAGAUCCACCAUCGUCUCUGCCCUCAUGGGUCUCGCUACUGCACAGUCGUCUUUGAUGGCUUCGGAGGCCAUGUUGGCUUCCAGCACAGCUUCGGCCUCAGGAAGCCUAUCCACAGGCAGCGCAGGAAGCGGCUCGCUGGCUGAUACCACAACCCCCUCAGGAAUGGUCAACACACACAUCAUCAAUGUCGGAGGACCCAACGGCUCUCUCAUCUUCUCGCCCAGCAACAUCCGUGCAGCAGUUGGUGACAUGAUCCAGUUCCAUUUCUAUGCCAAGAACCACUCUGUCGCCCAGUCCACAUUCGACCAGCCUUGCAUGCCCAUCGCAAACGUCAUGUCCAAUAUGACCACCUCCUUCUACUCAGGCUUCAUGCCCACCAACGCUACUUUCGGCACCACAUCCAACGUCCUGACCUACACCAUUCCCGUUAGGGACGAGAAGCCCAUCUGGUUCUACUGUUCCCAGGGCAGGCAUUGCCAGAACGGCAUGGUCGGCGCCAUCAACGCCCCCGCAUCAGGCAACAGGACCAUGGCUGCCUUCACCGCUCUCGCCGCACAGGCAUCGGAGAACAUCAGCCCCGGCCAGGCCGCCGGCUCUGGCUCUGGUUCCGGAGCUGGCGGUGCAGGCGGCUCCUCGCCCUCUGGCACCACUCCCGGCAACACUCCCAUCGCGCCUUCCGGCAACGCUCCCGCUCAGCAGAGCGCCAAUGCCGCACCGGUUGUUGGCAGCCAAUCCGUCUUCGGCCUCGGUGCUGCGGCUGUUGCUGCUUUCGCUAUGCUGUAA